CGACGGCCUCGGCCCAGCAGGCGCCGGCCAUGCCCGUGUGGCUGCGCGAGUACAGCUGGCGGCAGACGCCCUCGCUCGUCUACCUGGCCGUGCCCGGGCAGGGCGGGCGCCGCCUCCUCGGCCGCCCGGACAUCUUCUGCGCCGAGCGGUACCUGAAGGUGAGCGCGCCGCCCUUCCUCUUCGAGGCCUUCCUCUGGGCCCCCGUGGACGAGGCCCGCAGCACGGCGCGCCUGCAGGAUGGCGCCGCCUUCUUCACCCUGCGCAAGAAAGAAGCGGCCCUGUGGGAGUCCCUCCUGGCCGAAGAGGUUGACAAGGAAAAAAUGCAGAGAAUCCGCGAGGAUGCCGUGCUUAAGGCUCACCAGCGUGCAAAAGAAGAAACGGAAGCCAAAGCCGUUCGGAAACGAGAGCGUUCCAAGUGUGCUCUGGAGGCCACAAUGAAGCUAGAAGAAGCAGAAAGAAAAAGGAUAGAAGAGCUAAAAGAAGCUGAGCGGAUGAAAGCCACAGAAGAGAUUGAGAAGUGGAAAAAGGAAAACGAGAAGCAAAAGAAGCUGCAAGGAAAGGGUCGCUUUCAUCCAAUGGGGGAACAGCACGAGAAAAGUGAAAUGAGAUCAUCAGGCCGAGGAGCGUCCAGAGCAGCAAGCAGAAGACUAGGAGUUGGAAGUUCUGGAAAUAUGUUUUCAGAGAAGUUACAGGAAGAAUUGGCCCCUGCUCCCCGGCGCGCUGGCAGCAUACAGCUCAGUUUCACUCCUCGUGUCUUCCCUACGGCUCUCAGAGAAUCCAGGGUUUCUGAAGAAGAGGAGUGGCUGCAGAGACAAGCAGAGGCUCGCAGAGCAAUCAACGCAGACCUUGCUGAGCUGGAGGAUUUGUCCGAAGAGGAAAAGAAUCCUGAUUGGCUGAAGGAAAAGGGCAACAAAAUGUUUGCCACAGGCAAUUUCCUCGCUGCUGUGGGUGCCUAUAAUUUGGCAAUUCGUAUCAACAAUAAGCUCCCAACCCUGUACUUGAAUCGAGCUGCUUGCCACUUAAGGCUGAGAAAUCUGCACAAGGCAAUCGAAGAUUCCUCAAAGGCCCUGGAUUUAUUGACACCACCUGUCCCAGACAAUGCUCAGGCAAGAGUGAAAGCUCAUGUCAGGCGAGGAACAGCAUUCUGUGAGCUGGAACUAUACACAGAAGGUCUGCAAGAUUACAUUGCUGCACUCAAGAUUGAGCCCAAAAAUAAAAAUAUAGAAGAGGACGCUGAGAAGAUUCGACGCAUCAUUCAAGAAACUGAAUGAUCUUGAUGGGACUGCCUGGCUUUGGUGAGCGCCAUUAGCUGAAGGCCUUGUGAGACAGCCUUGCUGUUGCUAACAAAGUGAAAUGUCUUUUGGGGUGAUAUUUUGCUGCAGUAUCAGUGGAUAAAAGGUCAUCCUUUUAUUCUCCUUAGCUUAAGUAGUAAGCAUAAUGUUUGAGGAGAAUUUGAGGUUCUUAUUUUAUAAAAAUGUUUUCUUUGUAAUGCUUCCUUGAAUAACAUCAGAACACAUAUUUUCUAAUUUAAUAUCUUGCUCAAUAAACAAAGGAGAAAGAAACCUAA